CGCGGGGAGCGGGGCUAUGGGGGGCGCGCGGGGGACGCGGCGGGACCCCACGGGUGGAGGGCGGGCGGGGAGCGGGGGGCGGGGCGGGACCCUCGGGGGCGGGGCGCGGGGCCAGCCCGGCUCCUCAAUCCCGGGUGCCUCUGCCCUGGCGGGCCGGCCCCGGCCACCUGCGCCCCGCCCCUGCGGCCGCGCCCGAGCCCGGGAACCGCGGAGGCGCGCCCUGCCUCGGGAAGGGCGAGUUCCCGUUCCGCCGCGCGGGUCUGGCUCCGCCGACAGUAACCCCGCGGCGCUGGGGAUGCGGCUGCGCUGAGCGCUCGUCCGCCGCGGAUCCGAGGAGCCGGCGUUGACCGAGUGUCUUUCCUGGUGUGUGAGAAGGUGGACUCGGAGCCGGCAGGAUGACCAACCCUGCGGCCACGCAGAACAAGGAAAUAGACUGCCUGAGCCCAGAAGCUCAGCGACUGGCGGAGGCCAGGCUGGCGGCGAAGCGUGCGGCCCGGGCCGAGGCUCGAGAGAUCCGAAUGAAGGAGCUGGAGCGGCAGCAGAAGGAGAUCUAUCAGGUUCAAAAGAAAUAUUACGGGCUGGAUACAAAAUGGGGUGACAUCGAGCAGUGGAUGGAAGACAGUGAGCGCUACUCGCGUAGAUCCAGAAGGAACACGUCGGCUUCUGAUGAAGAUGAACGCAUGUCAGUGGGUAGUCGUGGAAGCCUGAGGUCGCAGCCUGACUUGGAGUGUGGGGGUCCCUACGCCUGGACAAAUGGUUAUGAUGGAGAAUUAUAUGGAUCACAGUCCCUGAAUAGAAGAUCUGGCAGGAAUUCCAGCUACAGCGGUGACGGCAGAAUCUCCACUUUGUCAUCAUCCAGAGAGGAGAAGUUGAGACUCUCCUGCUCCAGCCUCGGGCUUCCGAGUGGUGGCCUUGCUCCCAAACCCUUGUCUGCCCAGAAUGGAAACCGGCCCUCCUAUGUGUACAGUGCUGCCCGGCCGGCGGGGAGUUACCGGGCGUCUGUAUUGGACGAGAGCAGCCUCGGCGGGGCUCGGCGGGGCAGUGCCUGUGGCUCCUACGCUCCCUCGGAGCACAGCGGCCACCUCAACUCCAGCUCCCGCGCCUCCUCCAGAGCCAGCUCGGCACGGGCCAGCCCAGUGGUUGAAGAGAGAGGAGAAAAGGAUUUCACCGAGAAGGGGUCUCGUAGCCUGCCCAGCCUGUCUGCAGCCACACUGGCCUCCCUGGGUGGGACUUCCUCCCGGCGGGGAAGUGGGGACACUUCCAUCUCCAUAGACACGGAGGCAUCCAUUAGGGAAAUCAAGGAACUGAAUGAGUUAAAGGACCAGAUUCAGGAUGUAGAAGGCAAAUACAUGCAGGGAUUGAAAGAGAUGAAGGACUCGCUAGCGGAAGUGGAAGAGAAGUAUAAGAAGGCCAUGGUGUCUAAUGCUCAGCUAGACAACGAGAAGACAAACUUCAUGUACCAGGUUGACACCCUGAAAGAUAUGAUGCUGGAGCUCGAAGAACAGCUGGCUGAAUCUAGGCGACAGUAUGAAGAGAAAAACAAAGAAUUUGAAAGGGAGAAGCAUGCCCACAGUAUACUGCAAUUUCAGUUUGCUGAAGUGAAAGAGGCCCUGAAACAAAGAGAAGAAAUGCUGGAGGAAAUCCGACAGCUACAGCAGAAACAGGCAAGUUAUAUCAGGGAGAUUUCUGAUCUUCAGGAAACAAUAGAGUGGAAAGACAAAAAGAUAGGGGCAUUAGAGAGGCAGAAAGAGUUCUUUGAUUCCAUAAGGAGUGAACGAGAUGAUCUUAGAGAAGAAAUAGUCACGCUGAAAGAGGAAUUCAAGAAACAUGGAAUAAUCCUAAAUUCAGAAAUAGCUACCAAUGGAGAGACUUCAGACACUCUCAAUAAUGUUGGAGCCCAAGGUCCCACCAAGAUGACAAAAGAAGAGUUGAACGCCCUCAAGGCGACAGGGGAUGGGACCCUAGGAAGAGCCAAUGAAGUGGAGGUGAAAAAUGAAAUUGUGGAGAAUGUGGGGAAAAGAGAAAUCUUGCAGAAUACUGAGCAAGAACAGCACAAAGAGGACCCAAUAAAGGAUUAUGUGGACACAGAGGUGUUACAUCCUGGUGAAAAUGCUGAGGACCAGAAACCCUCUGAAGACAGUGCCCCCUCCCUAGGAACGUUAGCAAAUGCUACCGAUGAGGAACAGGUUCAAAGCCAAAUUCUAGAGAAUGCUUCCUUCCUUGAAAAUACAGAGCAGGUAGAGUCAAACGAGGUCCUAAACAGGCCAGAUGAUAGGACGGAAGCAUCCGUUGAGGAGUCCAAAUGUUGGAGUGAUUUAGAUAGUGAAAUCCCAGGGCCUGUGAUUGGGCAGGAUGGCUGUAAUACCUUGGAUAUCGAAAACCAAAGUAAAGAAUCUGCAGAAAAACAGGAAGAAGAAAAACAAGAAGACUUUAAAACCAACUUGGGAGAUGUUAGCGUAAAACCAUCUCAGGAAUCUGCUCCUUUGCAAAUAUCUGAAGUUGAAAGGGUGAGCGGUACAGACACUGGGGAGCAGAAUGGGAGCCCCACAGAGGGUGUGAUAGAGGCAGGGCUAACUGGAUUUGAGGAGCGAGUGGGCACAGUAGCCUCGAGUCCUCCAAGGGACAGCAAUGACACCGAGAGUCAUGAUGAAAAAUGUGUGGUAGAUGCCCCCAAAGAGUUGGACCCAAGCACAGGGCAUGAUUUAGAGAAAGAACUCACCAACCAGGAAGUGGCUGAGCCCAAGGAAAUCCCAAGUCAGUACGCAGAAGUAGGUGGGGAGAACAAUGAAGAAGAAGAUGACGGAAGGGAAUUGAGGGGUGAGAAACCAAUCCAGAUGGAAGUCCAAACCAUCCCGUCUUCUCCAGCAGCCGAAGACAGUGCUCAGCAAGCAACAGGUCCACGUAUGGUAGAUGCCGAAAGAGAACCCCUAGAUAUGAAAGAAGCCGAUGAAGAAAAGAGUGACCAACAGGGGGAAGCAUUGGAUUCAUCACAGAAGAAGACAAAGAACAAGAAAAAGAAAAAUAAGAAGAAAAAAUCACCAGCCCCUGUAGAAACCCUUAAAGACGUUAAGAAAGAGUUAACAUUUCAGAAUCCAGAUUUACGUGAAGUUAAGGAAGAAGAGCAGGUCAAAUUUACUGACGAAAAACCAGUUGUAGAAGCACAAAAUGAGGUCAGUAAAAAUCCAGAACAGAAAACUGUAGCAGGAAACAGUGAAAAUGUGGAUUGUCCAGAAAAUCCUAAAAUUGAGUCGGAUGGAAACCUUAACCAAGAAGAUUACGAUGUAAACACUAAAGCAGGGAAAGUAAUAGCUGAUGGAGACACAUUAAAUUUUGAAGAUGAUACAAUUCAAUCACCAGACACUAGUGAUAAAGAAUUAGAUGAAAGUGUUAUAAAAGAUGAUGCUAAAGCAGAUGGCGCCACUCAAAGCCAUCCUCCAGAACCAGAGAAGGAAGAAGCGUCCGACAGCGCCCUGCUCGAAAAUGAAAGUCCCUCAAAUGACAUUAAUGAUGCCUCUCAAACAGAAAGUACAGAGGGGCAUGUAAUGUCAGAAUAUCCAAGUCAGAUAGUCGGGAAGAUUUCAGAUAGCAAUAGUCUAGAAAACGAUGAGUUGGCACUGGCAGGAGAGUUGCCAGAUUCAGAAAUCGGAGAAGAGAUAAGAGGCAGAAAUGAGAAGGGCAAAAGCAAAGAAGACUGCUCCUUGUCAUAAGUUGAGGCUUGCUUGUAAGGCAAAGUUCUAGAGAGGGGCCAAGCCUGCACAGUAAGUCCAACUGUAAAGACCCUUGUCUGUUAUCUCCACUGGUGAGAUGCAGAAAAUGUUCUAGAUGGAUAUAGAUGCACCAUAUGACAAUCAACCACCGAAUUAGAUACCUACUUUAAGUUAUAGCCUGUUACUUGUAGAUUUAUAUUUCAUCAGUAAGUUAUCACCCAGAUUAGGAAGACACAUUUGUUAUCAGUGUAAGUUCUAAUCGAGAGCAUUCCAGUAGUAUCAAACAAUAAUGUACACUGUUUAGAUUCCUGCCUGAAAUCAAAGAAAAAUAUUUAGCCUUUGCCUUUAACUGAUAUGAAUGCGGAUGUUCCUGAGCAAAUACGUCGCAUCUACUUAAAAUGACCAAAUAGCAUUCUAUUUCCACAUGAUGAGCAUAAUUUAAUUUGUCUCAGUCAAAUUUAUGUACUUUCAUAUUUGAUUUUGAUAUGUACUUUAUAACUCGUAUGGUAUUUUAUUUUAAAAGGAGAUAAAUGACCAACUAGCAUAUAGGGUGCUGAGUGAUAAGAUUUGCACCUUAGGACAAUAAUGAAUCAUAUUAGCGAGGUCUUACGUGCCUUUACCUCAUGGAAGUAUUCUGUCUUAAACCAAUAUUUUUGGAUCUCAUUGUUGACAGUUCCUCAACUUAUUUUGUAGAUUUUGACUUCACUUCAUGGUGGUUAUGCACCAAAGUCAUUUUAUACAAAGAUUUUAAUUUUUUCCUGGAAGAGACAUACAUUGAAAUGGCAUUUCCCACUGGAGUAUUUGGGUGGGGAGAAUCAUACCUAAAAUUCAUUUUUUUAACCUUAAAAUGAUUUCUUUAUUUGUCUACUCCUUGUUCAGAAGAGCAAUUCAAAAGGUUCAUGUUCUUAUGCAAACGGCUAAUUAGACUGUAACAGGAUAUUUUAAAUAGUUGACUCCCUUUGGGUAUUUUGGUAUAAAUAUUUUUGUUUGUUGUUUCUCCAUAUGUUCUUAUCGGAAAAUUCUUGUUUUGAUCUUUCUGAAGGAAAUAUAUAUUCUUUAUAUAAAGAAGCAAUUAAAAAGUAAUUGUGAAGUUAAAUCAAAAAAAUAAUUGUCAAAGACUAAAAUGACAAGGAAAUGUACGUUAUGAAUGCUGUUGACAAUUUAUGAGAGUACAUGAAUUCAUAUUACUGUUACAAGAUAUCAUUGAGUGCAAAAAAGACCAAAACCUCAAUAAAAUUUGAGGCAAACAUAAUAAGUGUUAUUAUGUAAUUGAAAUAAAAACAUUUUGUAAUUUCA